UGUAUGACGAUAGUACGAUAGUGGGGGUGUCGGAAGUAAAUUUUACUGAAAUGAAUUCUUUUGCUUUAACGAAGUUCACUUUAGUUGAGUUCAAUUGUAUUUCUCCUUAUGCUCGUGAUUAAGAAAGCAAAUACGAUUUUUUAGCUGUUUUACAGCAAGUAUAUAUUUGUAUUAUUCAUAACCACAGGUGUCUAUUAUGACUCCAUAGUUCUUUCAAUCGACCCAUCAGUCAAGCGUAGCAACGUGAUAUGUAGUAUCGUAGUAACAAACGCGUGUGUAUAUAAAACGCGAUUCUGUGCACGUGAGAAGUGCUAAUAACGCAUCGAAUUUCAAUUGUGUCUAUUAAAAUCAAUCUCCAGAAAUUAUCGUAAUCAAAAUGCCUGGAAUUGCGAGCGCGACCGGUCUUUUAUCGGCACAAAUUCGGCCGAUUCGCAGGCCAAAGCCCAAGAAGAUAGAGUUAUCCGGUAGUACCAGAAGAGCACCAUUCGCUCUUCGACCGUUUGCCAGUCUCUUUAAUCCUUAUCCUUAUGGUUGCUCGGUAAUGUGCAAUCAUCCAGCGGACUGCGAGGCGAAAGAAGUGGUUCGACGUGCUAAGGAUACAUGGGCAACCGAGGGAAAAGCUCUUUUGCUGCCGGAAGAGAUGGAAAUGAUAAGAACAAGUUUGUUGGCAGCGGGCACGACCGGAGAUGGGGGCGGAGGUGAAACAGCAGCUGGUGGCAAUAGUUGUACUGCCGAGAUGUCCGCUUCUGCGGUACCCGAAGAGCUUUUCCGGAAAUACACAGAAACCGAUUCGCGACCUUUCACUCCAGCGCCCACGCUUGCAAGCGGACCUACGGCAUUAACUGGUCGCGCAACUCAGGAGGAUUUACCAGUGACCUGUAAUCCACGCGAGCGCACUACUCUGGUUCUGGAUCUUCGAGCAAAUUCGCGGAACCAACAGGAAAAUGAAUCCUUUACCUGGCACGCUCUUACACUGGAAUUACCACCAACGCCUCGGAAGAGUGAAAUAUCCGUGUGUAAGCCGAUCUCACGACCACAACGUUCAUUAGCACCACCUUCUCCAUCACCUUCACCCAUCGCUGAGAGAUGCGAAACAAGUUCAUCCAAGAAUGUAGAAGAGGAAGCUGACAGCGUCGGCGAACAGCAAGCAGUAAUUAUUCGCAGACGGGGAAAGCGAUUACGUAAAAGGAAGUGUAGGAGGGGCUCAACUUACGGUCAACAAACGGAAGUUCGCGAUCUGCUCGAACCUACUGUAACGCAAGUUUCGCAAAUUGAAAACAGCUCGCGACGAUCAUCACUUCAUGUAAAUAUCAGCCCAGUCGAUAACUUGAUGUCUCCUAAAAAGACUUCCGCGCAAGCACCAAGUCACACAAUGCCUCCGAGUUUUCUCACACCUGAUGUUUUAAAACACUUGUGUCGAGAACUCGAUCGCGAUAAGAUAGAAGCUGAAUUUUCAAGUAAGAAAAGAAUUGCUUUGGAAGAAGCAUUGCGAGUUAAAGGUGACACUUAUUCGACUCUACGUAGACCUCGACAAACUAAGGACAGCCUAUUGGCGCAAGAUGCUCCGCGAGUAUUUUCUCGUCAAGCAGCCCGAUUUGAAUUACUCGAUAGCCGAAGUCUUCAUGGAUUAACGCCGCUGCAGUAUAUCAGUAAACAUGUAUAUGUUACAUCAGGUAGAAAACUGAUAUUUGGUCGAAUAUUUAACAAAUUUAACGAGGAGUCAUUGCACAGUACGCGAUGUAUCUCCACGGAUGAUAUUGAAGAAGCUAUUCGAGAAGUAAUGGGAAAAGCGUUAACAGACGAGCAACGAUCUUAUUUAAAAUCUGUAGUAGGAGAGAUAACGGAAUCACUGAACUUUAGAGAAUGGUGCGGAUUGUGUGCUAUUGUCGAGAGGCUGCUAUGUCCUUUACCGCCGAAAGAGAGCGAUCCACCGACGUGGCUUGAAAAGGCGGACUUUGAGAAUUUAGAAAAAAGACUAAACUCAGUCGACUCGGUGAAUCCCACUUUGGCAUUUUUGUUGAAGGAAAUUCGCGACAGCGCCGAUUUUUACUAAAUAUGAAAAAAAUGUAGGACGAAAGAAAGAUCUUUUCUAUGUUCAUCGCACAUUUUUAUUGCUAGAGCAGAUCCUUAUCCACUCAAGCAUACAUAAGUUGUAUGUAUCCGAUCCAUUAUUGCCUAAUAUACAAAUAAGUUUUGUUUUUUUCUCUCACUCUUCCGUACUUGACAACAUAAUAAAUAAUGAGUCAUUUUUAUUUCAUCGUA